AUGGACAUCGACGUUCCAAUCUGUCUCCCUUCGGCCCUCCUCAAAGUAGCCGGUGCACGUGCGCACGUCCGUCCGACGUUGCCGGCCUCUACCGGCCGCCGCUCCCCUGGCUUCAGCUGCACGCGGCCCCGUCUCCAUGGCAACGUGGCGUCCCGGGCUCCUGGCUCCAAACCCAGCGCGAGUCGCGAGCUGGGCUGGCCUUCGGUUUUUGCCCUUCGGACAGUCGGCUUCACAAGGCCACAAGCGGGCAGAUUGCUAGUGUUUGAUCCAAAGGAAAAAGUGAUGAUUGAACCAAAUGAAGCAAUGUCAGAUAAAUGCCUCUUUGGACACAGACCAAGAUUGGCAAGCAAACUUUAUGCCUCAUCAACACAAGUCUCUCUAAAUGUAGCUAAGACAUUCUCAGAAAAGAAGGAAGUCUCUUCAAAGAAUAUUGAAAAUAAAGUAUCUUCAAAGAAUAUUGAAAAUAAAGAUAUCUUAAAUCUACAGUCUGACCUGUGGUCAUCUUCCUUCUUAAAAGAAAGCACAGGUGAAGUGGGCAAAGAUGCAGUCAUUGCAAAGCAAGAGAAAAAUAAUGAAUAUUGCCUUAAGAAUAUUGAUGAUAAAUUGUCAGAAUCAAUAGAUGAUGAUGAUGAUGAAGAUGAUACCAAUGAUGAAGAUAACGAUGAAGACAGUAACCCUAAAAAAGAUACUUGCGCCCCACUAGAGUUAAUGACAGAAUUCCUGAGAGCAGAAAUGGGUCGAGACUACCACCUGGCAAAAAAAUUAUGUCAGAUGAUCCUAAUCUACGAACCAGAAAAUCCUGAGGCCAAGGAGUUUUUGGCACUUAUUGAAGAAAUGUUGCUGAUGGAGAAAGGUCAGAAUCUUAAGAAAGAUGAUGAAGAUAGCGAAGAAGACAGUAGUGGUGAGAGCGAAGGAGAAAGCAGGGAGGACCUGAAUGACGAGAGUUCUGAGGAAUGUGAAGACGGAUCAUGAAUGCUGCUGCUGUGGUUUAAGCUUCACGUAUUUUCAUUAACGUAUACCAUGCAGAUAUAAAGAAGAGAGCUGCA